AUGGAUAGUUCAAGUUCCGAAGACGACUCAACAGCAUCAUUCCCUGAGGGCUACACUGCUCCUCGAACCACAGAGCAGCUAAUGCAGUACCACAAGGACCACUUAACCUCUGCAAGCGCUGACCCAAUCAUCCCAAUGCAUAAUAUCGAAAAGAGGCUCAGAAUGAUUGAGCAGAUUCAAAAGGGAGGACCAAAAGACUUCCAGUUUACGUACUUUCAACUGGCGUAUUUUCUGUUGAGUCCUGAAUCGUCUCUUCAAAAAGUCAUGGACGACCGAUUUCAUGGUAACUUCUUGGAAACGCAAAUAAAGUAUCUGGAAAUGUGGCUGCUAGGCAAUGAGAGUCAAUGGAGGGAUAAUUCACCUCGACAUAAUGUCGACCCGGAUAUUUCUCAGCUAAACGAAGAACGCAUAGCACAGCUAAAGAGAGGCGAAGAAAAUAUUCAGCGCAAAAAAGCUGAGAAAGAAAAGUGCCUAGUCAGAGAUAAUUACCGAUGCGUCUUCACGCAAGAAGAAUCCCCGAAAGUGUAUCAGAUCUUGCCUUUUGUUGCUAGUUAUGGUAACUGGACUUUUAUCCAGUUGCUAGACCUCUCUUUAUGCCUUUCUGUCGUUCUUGGCCAUGAGACUUGGUCAGAGCUGAAUGCCUUCGUUUGCAUUGGGCCCGACCGCUGCGAUAAAAGCUGGAAUAUGAUGAGUUUUGGCUUUGCCUUGCAUGUAUUGUGGAAGGGCCACUUCUUCGGAAUCCAAUGUCUCGGGAUACUGCCAAUCGAUCGUCAGGCUUCUGCCAUUUGGCUUCAGUUCCAUUGGAUGCCUAGAAACGGACUCGAUCCCAAAUGCCGCGCAGAGCCAAAUAUGGACACUGUCCAAAAAAUGCUGCAGAUCAUUCCCCCAGACAAAAAAGAUCUUGUUAAAUAUUGUCGGAGCCGCAUGCAUUGUCCACUUGAGACAGGACACAUAUUUAGUAUUCGCAUGGGAAAGCAAGCGGCAGUCAACAUGAAGCAUAUGAUUGAUUUCCGAUGGGCCAUGGUUAGGAUUGCGACAGUCUCUGGUCUUGCCAGGAGUCGGAGCCAUUAUAAGUGA